CAGGAUAAUCAGGAAAUAUAGAUAUUUAAAAAGCCCAGUUUCAAAGUAGGCACCAAGUAUGAAAUAUGAAAUCUGUGUAGCGUUUAUCAUGAUCCACCUUUUGGUUCUUUAAGUAAUCAUUCACACCAUCCAGUGGGUGAACAUAUUGUGGUAGUAAUACAACAUGUUCGCAUAGCUUUCUUAAAGUUUGACAAGUUUAAAUACAUGAUUGUAAAAGAAAGCAUCAAUAAUAUAUAAACAUCACUCAUCACACAUCAUUCACUGUACUUACAUCAGUGAUAUUCAUUUGAAUGAGAAUAAAUGUCACAAAUACAUGGAAAUUAAGAUCAUCUUACUGAAAGUCAAUGUAACACAGGUUGUUGCAGUGGAUGAAUCCUAACAUUGAUCGGCCCACCUGUCGGAGUCACACUGUGACUCCCUCCCAAGUGCCCUGAGACCCUGAUUCUGCUUCUUUUAACCCUUUCAGCUCAGGGGGACACCCACAGCACUAUGAUUGAACUGACAGUGAAAUGCAUGAGAUGCAUGUACGAUUUGGAGCCAGAAGUGACCAUAUUUGGACAAGAGGGCGGAGUUGGGGAGUAUAAGCAAUGCUAUGCCUCUGUCCUGUUUGGCUCUAACUGAUGUCCUGAGAACAUGUCGUGGUAGUGACUUGUCAAUCACCAGGUAGCCAUAUCCUUAAACACCCUCAGUUACUCCUAAUAGGACCAUAACUUACAAAACAAACAUCAUACUGUAUUGAAGACGACUUAGAAUGAGUGAUUGAGACCAUAAGCUCAUGAGGAAACUGUUUACAACUGUUAAUCAAGUGGUGGCCCAUUUUCUCAUCAUUUUCUUUACAUACAAUCAGACUUCUUUUUGAAAGCACUGAAGUCACCCUCUGCUGGCCAUUAGAAGGAAAGCAGGUUUGAGGCACUUCAGCAUUGACCUCACUUUUCAGGCCCAAAUGUUUCAUCCACUUAUCGAAUCUGUUGUUAAUCUCGCAGACAACAGAGAAGAAAUUAAUUGUUCAGUUAUUUUGGACUCAUCAAUAUGGAUGAUAAAUGAGAUUUUGAGUGUCUUAUUGAAUGAUUUUCCAAAAUGCUAAACAGUCAGUCUUGUCUAUGACAAGGAUAAAACCUGUCUAGAUCUCUCACUUAGAUCUGUUCUGAAUCAAAAGUUCUUUGCAGUCAAACCAAAGAUGUAGCAGGUCUGCACAAGGACUUAACAGUCAGGGUCUGAUCCUGGCAGCAAGUGAGUUGCUGACGUGUUUAUGUAUUUUCAAGGAGAGCAGAGCUCCCUUUUUCAGAUAUGCCUUGAUUACAUUCAAGGCUCAUUCACAUCCGCUGUGUACAACCACUGUGAUCUGCCAGCCCCUUGGCAGUAAUUUUGGUGACAAGGGAGGGGCAGAUGCUGUCGUUCACUUUUCCUACGUGGGUUUAUUCUGCUGGACCAGGAGAUUGAACUGGUGACAGAAUCUCAAGGGUUGAGAGGAAGUACAGGUAGGUCCUGGUGUGCAUGUGUCACCACUGAUGCAACCAUGCAAUCCAUUCAGAAUUUAUCAAAGCACACUGAGCUAGUGUGUCACAGUGUGAUGUAUGAACUAAUAUAGCAUAUCCUCUCAUCAAAAAAGAGGUACUUAUAGGUAAGGAUAUAUAAUAAUAGUAGGUAAGUCAGAAUUGCUUUUGGUAUCCAAUAUGAGUAAGUAAUAGUUCAGUGAGAUUUGUCUAGAGAGUGGAACAUUUAGUGCUUGGUUGAAUACUGAAAAUGCAGAGUUUGAAGGACACUGCAUCUUGUGUAAGUUCCUCUGAAAAGGAACUUUGAGUAUAAGGUGUUUCCCACCAGCAACAGUGGACAGUUGAUCCUCAGGGUAGCAGAUGGGUUCAGCCUUCACAGCUUUGCCCAGAGAGUCAACAAUCAGCAGCACUACAGCUCAACAAUGAGUCAUGUGGUUCUGGUGGUUGGUUAAUCCAACUGCUGUCAGCACAUAGGAUGAAUACAAUGAACUUAAAGUAAACGUUAAAGAAGGUGUAUAUUUAAACAACCCCCUUGCACAUUUUCUGAUCAGGCCAGUGGAGCAUGUCUCGGCAUUAACUUAAAGCUGAUCAUGCUUAUAUUCCCUUUCUGUGAACAUAGUCUGAAGGGCAUCUGAAGGUAGAUCAGACAUAUGUGGUGUAAUGUUCUUAACGGAAAAUUGACGGUUUUCUAGUAACAAAUAUAUUCUGUUAUUUUUAUAUCAUGUCAAACUAAACAUUUUUUUAGGUAUGACACGUCUGAACAGAAAUAUAAAUCAGGUAUGAAGUAUCUAUUCAGUCACACCUGUGCUGACAUCAUUUAGAUGAAUGAGGUCUGCUGUGGGAAAAGGUUAAAAGAAGCCAAAGCAGAACUUCAGCUCAGUUAUGAGGGACAUGGUCAGACAUCAGGUUAGCAAAUAAAUGUUACGAUUUAUAAAGUGUUACUGUGUUCUGUCUUGUCUUAGGUUUGUAUUAUGUACACUUUAAAUAGGGGAAUGGAGAGCUAUUGUUUCCUUGGUGAUGAUUUUAGUGUGUGUAACACUUGGUGGUAUUUGUUCAUCCUAUGAACAGUCUUAUGAAGCAAAGGGAGGAUGACGAUGAACUCUACACAGGUUUCAUAUUUCUCGCUUGCUGCCUACUUUGACACUGGACUGUUUAAAUACUUAUUUUUCAUGAUUGUUUUGUCUUUAUAUAUUCUAAUUCUUUCCUCCAAUCUCCUGCUCAUUGUGGUUAUCUGCAUGAACAGAAGCUUACAUGAACCUAUGUACAUUUUCCUGUGCAGCCUGUUUGUAAAUGAACUGUAUGGUAGUACAGGGUUGUUUCCAUUCCUGCUGGUUCAGAUCCUCUCCGACGUUCACACUGUUUCUGCUUCAGUUUGUUUCUUGCAGACUUUCUGUUUGUACUCUUAUGGAGUUGUAGAAUAUUUAAACUUAGCCAUCAUGUCUUAUGACAGAUACCUUGCUAUUUGUUGCCCUCUGCAAUAUAACACUGAGAUGACAUCUAACAAAACUACUAUGCUUGUUGCUCUGACAUGGUUUUGCCCUUUUUUACUGUGUAUUGUGCUGACGUCCUUGAGUAGCUCCUUACAGCUGUGUGGCACCAUUAUUGAGAAAGUGUACUGUGACAACUACUCUAUUGUCAAACUGGCCUGUUCUGACACCACGAUUAAUAACAUCUAUGGGCUCUUUCUCACUGCUCUCGCAAUCUUUUGUCCUCUAGUUCUUAUUUUUUACACAUAUAUUAAGAUUCUUAAAAUUUGCUUUACUGGUUCUAAGCAGACCAGACAGAAAGCUCUGAGUACCUGCACACCUCACCUGGCUUCUCUGCUGAACUUUUCUUUUGGUGCUAGCUUUGAAAUAUUACAGAACAGGUUUAAUAUGAACAAUCUGCCCAAUAUUUUGAGAAUUUUCUUAUCAUUAUACUGGCUUACAUGCCAGCCAAUUUUUAAUCCUUUACUGUAUGGCCUAAAUAUGUCCAAAAUCCGCAUGAUAUGUAAAAGUCUUGUCUUUGCUGAAAUGUAGGCCACUCAUAUAAUGUCCAUACAACAGAUUUCAGUGUUUCCCAGACAUUUCAAAAUGCAUUUGUGAUUGUUUAAGGUCUAAAAUAUGAUGCUUGAAAUUCAGCUGCAUAACACCAAUCCAAGCUACCUUCUGAUCAGAUAAAUUAAUUUUCCUUGAUAAUUUCAAAUGAUUUCAGAAUUUUCUUAUUAUACUGUGUUAUGAAAUGCCUUUCCACAAAGAUGUAUAAAAACGUUUUUAAAAAUGGCAUGAAUUGUGGUUCAUUGAUAAAUCAUAUACAUUGCAAAAAUAAUUGUUCGGUGAGAAUAACAAUAGAAAACCUUUACAAAUUACAAAAGAUUGUGUCAGUAUUUUUUUGUAAAAUGUGUAUGAAUCCUAUGUUGUUAGAAGUUUUGAAGCAAAAAAUCAAAAUAUAGUUUGGUUAGAAGCAUUUUGUGGAAGAUUUAAGUCCUAAAUUGAAGAUGCCCUAAAUUGAUGUUUAUGGUGAAUGUUUAAAGACCAAAAUUCUAUCUGCUCACAAGCUCCCAAAUAUUUUAUUCAAAGCUUUAUUAUAAACGGCAAUUUCAAUUUAUUUCAAUUUAUUAAUUUAUAUAGCACCUUAUACAAACAAAAUUGUCUCUAGAUGCUUUACAGAG